UAUUAAUUACAUGAUCACCUCAUCAAAGACUAAACCCAAACUCCUUCCAUAGCCCAACACCAUUACGCUUUUACAGCCCAAAUUAAUAGGCGUUUGAAAUUAGGGUUUUUCUCUACAGGCCCUUUAACUUGAUACCUUUUGCUUCUCUUCACUCCGAUUCGUAUCCAGACGCCUUGCGGAGGAAAACGGAGCUGUGCAGAAAUGGUGAACUACAAGUUCCAUCAGUACCAGGUUGUCGGGAGAGCUUUGCCAUCUGAAUCAGAUGAGCAUCCCAAGAUUUAUCGUAUGAAGUUGUGGGCUACCAAUGAAGUUCGUGCUAAGUCCAAAUUCUGGUAUUUCCUGAGGAAACUAAAAAAGGUGAAGAAGAGCAAUGGUCAGAUGCUGGCUAUUAAUGAGAUCUUUGAGAAGAACCCAACAAAAAUCAAGAACUACGGUAUUUGGCUCCGUUACCAAAGUAGAACAGGAUAUCAUAACAUGUACAAGGAGUACCGUGACACCACAUUGAAUGGUGCUGUGGAGCAGAUGUACACUGAGAUGGCUUCUCGCCACAGAGUUCGCCACCGCUGCAUCCAGAUCAUAAAGACGGCCACCAUUCCAGCUAAGUUGUGCAAGAGGGAGAGCACAAAACAGUUCCAUGACUCCAAGAUCAAGUUUCCUUUGGUGUUCAAGAAAGUCAGGCCACCGAGUAGGAAACUCAAGACCACUUACAAGGCUACUAGGCCCAACUUGUUCAUGUAAAACGUGUUAUAGUCGUGUGCGCGGGGAAGCAAUUUCAAAUUCUGCAGUUUUGGUGCUUUAGUUAUGUUGAAUUAAUAUUCAUUGUGAAAGAGAGAUGGAAACCUUUUUAUUCGGAUCAAAUGGUGGUUACUGGAUUAUUUUCAAUCAUGGUGCUUUGUUUGCUA